AAAAAUGAUGACAUCGAUCAUCAUUCAUCAGUUGCAAGUUACAACCUAACUACAAUGCUCACUUCUCAACCUAAGUUAUAACCAAACCUAGUUUUUGUCAAUAGUGGAUUAUUGUCUUUUUACUCCGCCGUGAAACACCCAGAACCACCGUGCACGUUGUUGGUUGAGCAUCCAUGCGGCUUCUUCCUCUGUUCCAAUCACUCCCCAAAACCACUCACUACUCCUUGAGGUUUGCAUCAACUGCACUUGCCCACGUUGAUUCACCAUCUUUCUCAGACACCCCACCUCGUGUCCCUGAGCUUCACAAGGACACCUCCAACGUGCUCCAAACGCUUCACCGUCUGCACAACCGCCCUUCUCUUGCUCUUUCCUUCUUCACUCAGCUCAAGCAACAGGGGGUGUUCCCUCACACCACUUCAACCUACGCCGCCAUUAUCAGGAUCUUGUGCUACUGGGGAUUGGACAGGAGGUUGGAUUCUGUCUUCCUUGACCUCAUUGCACUUUCCAAACAAGACCCAUCAUUUGAAAUCCAUGACUUGUUUGAAGAGCUUUUGGAGGGGGAUGAGGGUGUUGAUAGGAAACCCCACUUGCUCAGAGCAUUUGAUUGGAGGCGUGGGAUUCUGCCUAGUAUUUGGACUUGUAACUUUCUCAUCAACCGGUUGGUUGAUCAUAAUGAAGUGGAGAGGGCUUUGGCCAUUUAUAAGCAGCUCAAGAGGCUUGGUUUGAGCCCCAACAAUUACACCUAUGCCAUUGUUGUCAAGGGACUGUGUAGGAAAGGUUACUUGGAAGAGGCGGAGCACAUGUUAAAAGAAAUGGAUGAAGCUGGGGUGAAUCUUGAUUCCCAUUGUUGUGCAGCUUUAAUUGAGGGCAUUUGCAAUCAUUGUAGUUCUGAUUUGGGAUAUGAAGCGCUCCAAAAAUUCAGAAUGAUGAAUGCCCCUAUAGAGGAUCAUGCCUACGCCGCUGUUAUUCGUGGGUUUUGUAAUGAAAUGAAAUUAGAUGAAGCGGAGAUUGUUGUUUUGGACAUGGAAAGCCAGGGAUUGGUUCCUGACGUGCGUAUUUAUUCUGCAUUGAUCUAUGGAUAUUGUAAGAAUCGUAAUCUACACAAAGUUUCAGAGUUAUGUAGUCAAAUGACUUCAAAGGGUAUAAAAACAAAUUGUGUAGUUGCUAGCUACAUCCUUCAAUGUCUUGUUGAGAUGGGCAAGACCUCAGAAGUGGUAGAUAUGUUUAAAAGAUUGAAAGAAUCAGGUAUGUUUCUCGAUGGGGUAGCUUAUAAUAUUGUGUUUGAUGCUUUAUGUAGAUUAGGCAAAGUGGACGAUGCAAUAGAAAUGCUGGAAGAGAUGAGAGUGAAGAACAUCGAUUUAGAUGUUAAACACUACACAACCCUUAUUAAGGGGUAUUGCCUUCAGAAUAAGCUCUUAGAUGCCUCGGAUAUGUUUAGUGAAAUGAUAAAAAAAGGUUUUGCACCUGAUAUUGUCACAUAUAAUGUACUAGCUGCUGGGUUGUCUAGAAAUGGCUGUGCUUGUGUGGCAAUUGACAAUUUGAAAGCUAUGGAAGAACAAGGAGUGAAGCCAAACUCAACUACACACAAGUUGAUCAUUGAAGGUUUAUGUUCAGAAGGCAAGGUUGGAGAAGCUGAGACAUACGUUAACAUUCUAGAAGAUAAUGGAUUUAAACCUGAUAUUGUGAUAUAUAAUGUACUAGUUGCUGGGUUGUCUAAAAAUGGCCAUGCUUGUGGGGCAAUUGGCAAAUUGGAUGAUAUGGAGAAACAAGGUGUGAAGCCUAACUCAACUACACACAAGUUGAUCAUUGAAGGUUUAUGUUCAGAAGGCAAGGUUGUAGAAGCUGAGGCAUAUUUUAACCGUCUGGAAGAUAAAGGUGUGGAAAUCUAUUCUGCGAUGGUGAAUGGCUAUUGUGAAGCAUACCUUGUCGAAAAAUCGUAUGAACUUUUCCUUGAGCUGUCAGACCAUGGGGAUAUUGCAAAAGAAGAUUCUUGUUUCAAGCUACUUAGUAACCUCUGUUUGGCAGGUCACAUUGACAAAGCUAUGAAGUUGCUGGACAAAAUGUUGUCAUUUAAGGUGGAACCUAGCAAAAUAAUGUAUUCUAAAGUAUUAGCUGCUUUGUGCCAGGCUGGGGAUAUAAAACAGGCUUGCUCUUUGUUUGAUUUUUUGGUUCGGAGAGGAUCUACUCCUGAUGUUCAAAUGUACACAAUUAUGAUAAAUAGUUUAUGUAGGAUGAAUUACUUGAAAGAGGCCCAUGACCUCUUCCAGGAUAUGAAGAGGAGAGGGAUCAAACCUGAUGUCAUUGCCUACACAGUCUUACUUGAUGGGAGCUUUAAAAAUGGAGCGACAUCGGAUGUUCUCACCAUCUGGGGUGAUAUGAAGCAAAUGGAAACAAGUCCAGAUGUUAUUUGUUACACUGUUUUGAUUGAUGGACUCAUAAAGACAGAUGACUGUGUAGAUGCAAUUAACCUAUAUGAAGACAUGAUUCACAAUGGACUAGAACCAGAUACGGUAACAUACACUGCUAUGAUUUCUCUCUUCUGUAAAAGAGGUCUCGUGAAGGAAGCUUCUGAAUUGCUUGAUGAAAUGUCUUCAAAGGGAAUGACACCAAGUUCGCAUAUCAUCUCAGCUGUAAAUCGCAGUAUUCAAAAAGCUAGAAAGGUGCCAUUUCAUGAGUAG